AUGCCUUUCAAGCGACCAUUGGGAGAACGAAUUGUAAAUCAAACUUUGCCUAAUUUCAUACGGCCACUUCAAGAUAAGCGUGUAGUCGUUGGCCAAAAUGUGCUACUCGAAUGUCAAGUGGAAGGUCAUCCUGAUCCGGUUGUGAAAUGGCUUAAAGAUGAUCAUGAAGUUACACAAUGUCCUGAUUAUGAGAUUUCAAGCGUUGGUAUUAAGCAUCAUUUAGCAAUUAAAAAUGUGCAAGCAUCCGACAACGGUCGUUUUACAGUUCAAGCAAUGAAUGCAGCUGGUAUCAAGCAGUCAACGUGCAUGCUCAUUGUCGCGCCUGCACCAACACCAAUUCCUGGCGCAAAAAGUGUCGCAAGUUCACCAGCACCACCACAAACGCCGAUUGGUCCUUCAGCGCCAAUAUUUUUAAAGGAUUUAAAGAAUUCUCCACUGAAACCUGGUUCACAGAUUAUAUUAGAAGCACGAGUUGUUGGUCAUCCGGAACCAGAAGUGGAAUGGUUGAAGAAUGGAUCAUUAAUUAAUAACUAUCGUGCGAAGACAGAAUAUGACACUCGGACAGGUAUUUGUGCGUUAAUUAUACCUCAAAUGUUUGUUGAUGAUAUUGGCGAGUAUACAUGUCGAGCGACUAAUGCGCAUGGAGUUGCCGAAUCUUCCGCAAAAUUAAUGCCACGUGAUGAAUUCGAAAAAUGGUUUUAUGAGCAACAAUCGUUGAUUACAACUGAACGGAAACAAGCUAUGCUUGCACAAUCUCAAAAACAAAGGCCAGAAUCCAAUCGGUCAGCUUCACGGACAACACUCCAACAACGACAAACUAUGGUACAACGUCCAGCAACUGUUGCGCAACGUCAAACAAAACAAUAUGCUCAAAAUAACAGUUUUGAUUAUGAUAGCAUUACUGAAAUUCCUUGGGGUCUAAGUGAAAGUGAAACAGAAGCGGAACUUGCAUCCAUAGAUUCACGUGGUCUUGGUGGACCACCUCGAAUGCAAACCCCGCUAAAAGGAUUACGAUUAACGGAAGGCACUGAUGCUCUCCUGCAAUGCAAUAUUACAGGAAAUCCUAAGCCUAAGAUAAUAUGGUUAAAGAAUGGAAAAAUUGUUGAUUUAAUAAAUUCAAAAGGAAUUACAACAAUAUUCAAAGGAUCUCUAGCACUUAUGAAGAUUUCAUCGGUAGUUCCUAAAGAUAGUGGUGAAUAUACGCUUAUCGCAGAAAAUUACUAUGGAAAGGUUAACCUGUUCAAUUUUUCUAAAACAUCUAAUUAA